AUGGCUCCCCUUCCUCGUCUGCACCACCACACCUCAGCAGAAGAGAGUAACAGUCGAGCACCACCGCCUCGUCUGGACUCCGUCAACCAAUCAGCCAUGGAGCCGUACCCCCGUGGGGGCCCGCAGACGCAGCUCCAGAUAGCAGCUCUCGGGUUCCCUCCUGUGAGUGAGAACGCCCCCAUCGGGAAGGUUGUUGGGGUCAUUCUGGCUGCAGCCGUCAACCAAACAAUCAUCUACUCUAUUGUUGAGGGCAACGAAGGAGGUGAGUUCGCCCUCCACAACAGCACAGGUGUGAUCACCACGGCGAGGCGAUUGGACUUUGAGACCAACAGCAGCUACGUCCUGAGGGUAGAGGCCGACCCUCUACAAGUGAUCUCAUCAAACAUGCGAGCCCCAGCAAAGAUCAACACGGCCCGGGUGCUCAUCGACCUGCGGGAUGAGAAUGACCACCCUCCGGUGUUCACCAAGCCCCUGUACCUGGGAGGGGUGACGGAGGACGCCAAGACCUUCACCUCCAUACUACAAGUCCAGGUGCAGGGGACAAGGAAAACCCAUUUUUUUUAUCAGAAAUAA